AUGCAGGAGAAAACAUGGAGAAACCUGUCUCCUACCAUUUCUCUUCCCUCUGAUUACUCCCCAGAAUUAUCUGAAUGUUUUAUGGUGAAUGGAGCUGAUUAUCGGGGAUUGCAGAACAGAACUGUGCCUGGAUCCGCUGGGAAGCCUUGCCUCUACUGGAACCAGACACGAGAACAUGCCUACAACACGGCCAAGUAUCCCAAUGGCGAGUGGGGGCUGGGCAGUCACAAUUACUGCCGAAAUCCGGACGGUGAUGUACAGCCUUGGUGCUACAUCUCAGAGAACGAAGAAGGGAUCUACUGGAAGUAUUGUGACAUCCCAACCUGCCACAAAAGUAAACCAUUUCUUCUGGCCUUAAAGUGGACAACUAGCUCAACAGUUUACCAUGCAAAUACAAUCUUUAUGUUUUCUGGAGUAGAAGCUGGUUAUGCCUGUUUCUGUGGCCAUGAAGGGGAUAUCCAGCACAGCCAGCAAGUGAGUGCUGUGGAAUGUGAUCAAGUCUGCUUUGGCAAGUCCAGUGAACUGUGUGGAGGAGAUGGCCGGAUCGGCAUAUACAAUGUCUCCAUGGGGGCCUGUCAGGGGAACUUCAGUGAUCUGUCUGGAGUGAUCUACUCUCCGCAGUUCCCACAUGACUAUGAGGCCAACAGCAACUGCAGCUGGAUCCUUUACCCUGCAGGUUGUGAUUCUAUAGAGCUCAGCUUCCGGAUCUUUGAUGUGCGUGAUCCAAACGACCGCCUGGAGGUCCGGGAUGGACACAGCAAUCUCUUACUGGCCCAGUUUGAUGGGCGCCGAAGGCCGGGCGCACCUCUGCUGUUCCCCACGGACUGUCUUUCCCUCUUCUUCCAAUCAGACCAGUUCCUGCAAGCCCAAGGCUUUGCCAUCUUGUAUCAAGGACUGAAAGCUUCCUCGGUCAACAUGCGGACCCUUCCAGGUGAUGGAUCCCAUCUGGCCCCUACCUCUUCUGAUUGGCUGAACUCAACCUGGACCUACAGUGCCAAUGACUCUGCCAUUGGGGUAGGAGGGUGA